CCGGCACAUUAGACGUACGGAACAUUCAAGCUCCACAACUGCCGCAAGAGAGACUUUCCUUUAAUUUCUUUCGAUAUGGGAGAAAAACCAGUGAGAGUUUUGGUGUGUGGGGACGUGGAAGGCAGGCUUGAUGCUGUGUUCAAGAGAGUCCAGACCGUCCAGAAGAAGAUAGGACAGUUUGAUCUGCUGCUUUGUGUGGGGGAAUUCUUUGGGUCGACACCGGAAGCCGAGGAAGAGUGGCAGCAGUACAAACGUGGAGCAAAGAGAGCUCCCAUCCACACGUACAUCCUGGGCGCAGGAAGCCAGGAAACGGUGAAAAACUUUCCAAGCGCAGACGGCUGUGAGCUGGUGGACAACAUCACGUAUUUGGGUCGCCGUGGUGUGUUCACGGGCGUGUCGGGUCUGCAGAUUGCUUACGUUAGCGGUAGGGAGGCCCAGCAUGAGCUGGCCCCAGGCCACUGCUUCACACCCAAAGAUCUGACGGCGCUGGUGGCCCCGCUGACCAGCAGCUCCAAGUUCAGAGGCGUGGACAUCCUGCUGACAUCGCAGUGGCCCAGGGGGGUGUGGCACUUUGCUAACCACCCAACACAGGAAGUAGACACAAAGUCUUGCGGGAGCGUCGCCAUCGCCAGCCUGGCAGACAAAGUCAAACCGAGAUACCACUUUGCCGCACUGGAGGGCGCCCACUACGAGAGACUACCAUACAGGAAUCACGUCGUUCUGCAGGACAACGCUCAGCAUGUCACUCGCUUCAUCGCCUUGGCAACAGUCAACAACCCUGCCAAGAAGAAGUACCUGUAUGCCUUCAACGUUAUUCCCAUGAAGACCAUGGACCAGUCUGAGCUGGUCAAACAGCCUCAGGACGUGACGGAGAACCCCUACAGGCACGGUACCAAAGACAGGAAGGAGGCGAUAAAGAGCAGCUUGGGAGUCGCAACGGAAGAGGAGCCUAGCGCUCAGUUCUUCUUUGACCUCAGCAGCGGGCGAGCCCAUGGCAGCGGCAGGAAGAGGCCGGACUGGGAUGGAAGACGACGUGACGAAACGGCACACAAACAACCUCGCAGGCACCCCCCUCCCCCUGGGCCCUGCUGGUUCUGUUUGGCUAGUCCUGAGGUGGAGAAACACCUGGUGGUCAGCAUCGGGACACACUGCUACUUGGCGCUGGCCAAAGGCGGCCUGACCCCGGGUCAUGUGCUCAUUCUUCCCGUCGGCCACUACCAGUCUGUGGUAGACCUGGCCUCUGAGGUCCUGCUGGAGAUGGACAAGUACAAGGCGGCGCUCAGGAGCUUCUACAAGAGCAGAGGCGAGCGCUGUGUGAUCUUUGAGAGGAACUACAGGAGUCAGCACCUGCAGCUUCAGGUGGUCCCGGUGCCACUGGACCGCUGCACCACUGAGGACAUCAAGGAGGCCUUCGUGGUUCAGGCUCAGGAGCAGCAGAUGGAGCUGAUGGAGAUUCCACAACACAGCGACCUCAAACAGAUCGCUCCGCCCGGGACACCAUACUUUUAUGUGGAGCUGGACACAGGCGAGAAGCUCUUCUACCGCAUCCACAAACAUUUCCCUCUGCAGUUCGGGAGGGAGGUUCUCGCCAGCGAGGCAGUCCUGAACAUUCCCACCCGAGCCGACUGGAAGGAGUGCAAACAAAGCCGAGAGGAGGAGACAGCGGCGUGCUCACGGCUCAGAGACCACUUCCAACCGUACGACUUUGCCCUUGAGGACUGACCUCGACUUUCAUUUUUGUAAAUAAAAACCGGAAAUCA